AUGCGCCUCGCGCGCGGCGAGGCUGCGGCACGGGCGGGCCCCGCCCCGCUCCGGGCGGCGGGGAGGGGGCGGCGGGCCGGAGGGAGCGGGGCGCGGGGAGCGGGGCGCGGGGAGCGGGGAGCGGGGUGCUCCUCCCGAAGGGCGCGGCUGGGACGAGCCGGCACGGGGCAGGUCGCUGAGGUUGGCAGCUGGAGCAGGGGCACUCCUGGAGCAGUGGCUGCAGGCACAGGACUGAGAAAGUGUCCAUCCCAGACGUGUGGAAAGCAACAGGUGGAUGCGGAGUUCCGUGUGAAGCGCUCGGCCGCUGUGCUGUCUCAGAGGAUGAGGAGGGAGAAGUGUCAGCCCCUGUCUCGCUUCUGUCGCACAGCUGGAGCGGGCAGGGCGCCUCGCAGCCAUGUUGGGUACGGGCAGCAGGAGCUCACCGUGCCCCUCCGUUUUCUGGGCAGGAAGUCCGUGGAAAUGUUACCGUAGCCAUCAUAACUGCGGGCAGGAACAGCCUGCUCCGUGUCCAUCUUGGGUAAGGGAAAGGGAGCUCUGCAGGGGACUGUCACUGUCACAUCUGUCCCCUGCAGAGCUGCUGUCUGUUUCAGGCGGAUGAAAUGCAGCUUACAUAGUUCAUGUGCAUACCUGAAAAACAUCUGGAUUUUGGCUUGAGUGUGUCAAAGUCUUAAUGACUUGAUGAAAAAAUGAGAUCUUUUGCUGAAGGAAGCCUGUCCUGAAUUCUGAGCUAACUGACUUAGAAAGAAAAACACCGAGCAGCAUUAUAGGCAACUCAGUGCCAGAUUUCUGCCUACGGAGCAAUGAUGGUCUAAAAGGCUUCCAAAAUAAUUAAUAUAUAUCAGACUGAGUUUUCAGUGCAGAGGUAUGAACCAGUUGCUUAGCAGGAGAUGCUGAUUCCAGAGAAGUUGUUACAUUUGAAAUGACUGAGGCAUGCUGUAUAGCAAAAGUCCUAUUUCUAGUGUAAAAAUUAAGAUGCAAACUGAUAAUGAAAUCAGAAUAAACAGAUAAGGAGAAACUUGAAGAUGCAGUUUUCUAUUGAGUUCUCAUCCCUGAAACUCAUUCAUCAACAAUUUAUCCAAUCAGUUUUGUACUGAUUUUCAGAAAUACAAAUUCCAUGUAUAAUUGCCAUACCGCAUUUAAAAUAUGACAGUCUAAGAAGGCAUUUUCUGCUGUAUAGAGCAGUGUGGAAAUAUAAAGCAAAGUUUGAACUGUUACUUAUAUCCUUAUGUAUCUUUUGCAAAACAAACUUGCCUCAGACGUAGCUUCUAAAACAUUCUGAACUGAGCUGUCAAAAAGAAGUUUUCUCCAGUGUUAAAAAAAGCGGUUCUAGAUUUAGUGAAGGGGUUACACAUUUGUAUUUUAGUGCUAUUCUUAUUCUUUUGUUUCAGACUUAUUUUCUGUUUGUGAUCUUUUAACUCUCUGACUGGUUGUGUAAAAAAAAAGUGAGUUAUCUUUCAGCAUUAAUUUUGACAGAAUAAGCAACUACCAGUUUCAUCCUCUCUUGUCAGGUAGGUUCUCCAUUUAUUCAAUUUUCUUUCAGAUCAUUCCCUGCUCCUAUUUCUGGUUUGCAUUAAAAAAAGGAUUCACGUAUCCAGUAUACAAAUGAGUGUCUUACCAACAUAAUAUUUACAUUAAUGUAAUAUAUGUAGUGAGCAUAUACUGAAUGUACUAUUCAAUUUUGAAUAUGUAAUAAAUAUGAAUGUUUUAUACAAUGAUUUAAAAUCUAUUAUUAUGUGCUAUAUAUCCUAUCUGUUUAUAUAUAUAAUGUACAUUGUAUAGUAUGUUGAUACUACAUGUAUUUGGUAUAUAUACAUAAGUAUAAUGUAACAUGCAUACAAUUAAUACAUGUUAUGCUAAUAUAUAGCUAAUUUUACAUGCAGUAUUUUUUUAUUUCAAAUUAAAUCAGGCAAGUUGAAAUAUCUGGCAUUUUCACUGCUUUAUUAUUUUAGCAGAACAUAGUCAUCAUGUGACCAGCUCUUAUUUGCUUUUCUAUUAAUAUAUCAAUUUAACAGUCAAAAUUAAUAUUGACUUUUUUGAAAUGUUUGAUGUUUUCUGUGGCUAUUUGAAAAAUGGAAAAGAUGCUUUAAAAAUAAUUAUGACUUUUUGCAUCUGUGUGUAUUUAACUGAAUGUAUUUAUUAGACCAAAUAUAAUUUUCAAAUACAAAUAAAAUACUGCUUUAAAUCUUGAGGCGGGGGAUGGAGGGGAAGAUGAGAUGAGCAGAUGAUGUUUAUGCAGUACUUUGGUGUUUCUCUGUGGAUGUGAGCAGUCUGCACAGUCACUCCCUGCUGAAGCUGAUGGAACCUGGCCAGCCAGCAGCCAACACAACAUUUGCUGCUACCUGAUAGAAACCAUCCUGCUGAGAGACGCAGGACAGCGCAGCUGUAGGAGCAAGAUAAGAGCAUGGAAGAAAGCAAGGCAGGCUCAAACACUGGCCAGUUGUGGAUAUUUAGAGCCCAGCUGUCCCACCUUGGCCUUUUCUCAUUUUUAUUCCAGCAACUGACAUCAAGGGCAUGCUUUUUCUAGCAGUGUCUCUUGUCCAAACCCUUCCAGAUAUUGACAGAUGGCUGUAUUUCUGCAAAACAAGGCAGAGUUCCUGGAGAUUUGUAAGAGCACAUUCCAUAUGCAGAGCCCUAGUGUUUUAUGAGGCUUUAUUGCAAGUUGUAUCAAAAUACUCUCAGUUAGUUGGUUCCCCAACUCUGAAAUCUCUGCAUUGAUUCUUCUUGAAGAAGAAACUCAGAUGUUUCUAAAUGUUACAAUACAUGCAGAAAUAUUUUUCUUUCUCAUCUGAAGGAAAUAAUCAUAUUUUGUCAAAACUAAAAUGUAUUUAAAUUAGGUAAGUGAAAAAUUUUUCUGAAUCACUCUUUAUUGGGAAUAUCGCCAGUAGGUAAGAAUCCUUUCUUCUGUACUUUAUCAGGGAUCACAUGUCUGUUCUCUUAACUUUCUCCUGACAAAAGACUUAUUUUUUAAGCAUCUAGUGGAAUUAAUUUACUGUUUACUAAAAUGUAUCACUCUUACUAAGUACUUUUAUUAUUAUUAUUUCACAUAGAUACACUUCUUAUUCACAUGGAAAUUCAAAAAGAGGCCAGCAAAUCUAGAAGGACAUGCAUGAUGAUAAUAGCUAAAAAUUUUGGUUUGCAAGAAUAUAAACAAGGGAAGACUUAUAAGAGGCAGUGACAUGAAAUCUUUUAAACCAAGUGAUAAAAACUUUUGGCUAGGCCAUUUCAAUUCUUAAAUGGAAACAGCAAAUGAAAUUCCACUGAGACUCAUUGCGCUGAGUUGAACUUAAUAAAGUUCAGUCUUAGUCAUGUCUUUUUGUCAGGAGUAAUCUUCUACAGAAUUUAGGAGUUAACUACUUGAAAAAUAUGUGAGUCUUGCACGGUAUCACUGCAAAAUACCUGAAGAAGCUGGAGACAGCGAGAGCCUUCCCACAGAGCCCUGCCUGCCUGAGGCUGCACACUGCAGAACCCCAUUCCUAUCUCAGUUUGUAUCUAACAUUCACUUCACUACUCAUGGUGUAUCAUAACUGAAGGCUGCUGUAUCUCAAGUUAUUACCAUGAUAAUUUUGUGUGUUAUAAUUUUGUGUGUUAUAUGUUUAUUCAUCUUUUGUCUAGAAAAUUACUCCAGUGAUCAAAGCAUACUUUAAUUUCUAGCAGUUUGCUUUCAAUAGAUAAACAAAUGUUGUUAAUGGGCCUUAAGGAAGCAGUGCAUCUAAGGAGUCAUACAUUUUCUUUUAAGUACGUAUAGAUGUAUUAUCUUGGUUUUAAUAUUUGCAAGGAAAAAAAAUGGCAUGUAGUGAUUCAGGUAGCAUCUCAUCUACACCUACUGCUGCUGACUGUUCUAGUAGUAGUCAACCAAAAGUCUAGUGUGAAUAAUUAAAUUAAAAGAGGUCAGGAGUCUGGGGGAGAUGCAUGAAUGAUAUUUUAUUUUUCUCUUUAUUGUUAAAUAAAGUACCUAUUUAGCC